AUGUCGGGACCGCUUCGCACCUACUUGGACAAGAGGGUUGACCACGUCCUGCCUCUUGCCCACUCGUCCCCGCCCAAGCCAGCAGCACCCUCAUCCGGAGGGCUGUUGGCGAUCUCAGUGUUGACGUACAAUGUGUGGUUCGACUUGGACGAUUGGCAACUACGGUUCGACGCCGUGGCCAGCAUCAUCGAGCGCCUGCAGCCCACAGUGGUGUGCCUUCAGGAGGUCACCCAGCAAUUCGCACUGGCUCUGAAGCGGCAUCCGUGGCUCAACCAAAACUACCACAUGCUCGACGCCGACGAUGGGACGGUACUGAAGACGGUCGAGCCCUAUGGCGUGGCCAUGUUGUCGCGCUAUCCCUUCGAGCGUCUCGAGUUGCACGAGACGCAUUCGCUCAUGCAGCGGAAUGCGCUGCUGGCUGAGAUCAACGCCGACGGACAUAAGGCACCCGGCGACCACUCCCUUCCAUCUUAG